CAGAGAAGCAAGCGGACGAACCCUGCUGGGCUCUUGACGUGCACACUGUGAAAAUGGCUGGAGUUAGCGGCUGCAUGAAGUACUCGAUGUUUUUUUUCAACUUCUUGUUCUGGCUCUGUGGAUGUUUCAUACUUGGAGUUUCAAUUUGGCUUCAUGUGAGCAAAGAUGUCCAGCAUACCGUACAAGCUGACAUCCCUGCUGUCAACCUUAUGAUUGCCAUUGGGGCCAUCAUAAUGGGGCUUGGAUUUUUUGGCUGCUGUGGUGCAAUCCGAGAGAGCAGGUGUCUGCUUCUUCUGUUUUUCAUUGGCUUGCUCUUCGUCUUUAUCCUCCUGGUCGCUGCAGGAAUCUUGGGGAUUGUGUACAGAUCGAAGGCUGAAGGGAUGCUUACAGACACUCUUAAAAAGUACAUUCCCAUUGAUAAACAGUCAGAUGAGUUCAAGACUGACAUUGAAAACCUGCAAACUCAGGGCAAGUGCUGUGGACUGAUCAGUGGUGUCCAGGACUGGGGAGCUGCAGUUCCAUCCUCCUGCAAUUGCAAGGGGGAUCCCGCUUCAGACUGUGUGUCCUAUAAAGGCACUGACGUGUACAAACAGCCUUGCCUGCAGUUCCUGACUGAUAUGGUGUCUAAACACGCUGGGAUUAUUCUCGGAGUGGCCUUCGGGCUGGCAGUUGUCAUGCUCUUCGGUUUGGGUUUCUCGAUGUCACUCUACUGCCAGAUCGGCACAAAAUGAGAAGACCCAAGACCGUGUUCUAAUUCUCAGCAAUGGCUCCUGGCUUCUCGCACACGCAGAAAAUGAACACGAAUGGUUACAGAGCUUUUUUUAAUGUAAGCAAUUAAAUCGAAAAACGUUUUUAACGAAGUAACGACUUAUGCUUUGCCAUUAACCCAAAUGGUGUAAGUGCUGUAUUUGUUGGCUGUGUAUUACUAGUGGAGGUAAAUAUUUGAUAAAAUGUUUUCUUUUUUUUAACUUCUGGUAUGAAGGGAAUUGUGUAGUUUUUACUAAAUGCUGUUUUAAUAGCUUAUAUUUACAUUUGUAUUGCCAAAUAUGUUCUGAACCCCUGCAUAUUAAAGGUAGCUCAUGUUUUACUGUAUGCUGGUUGAGGGGGAGGGGGGUUUACCAUCUGAACAUGUCAUACAUGAGGAGCUCUCUGUGGACAUGUACUGCUUUUAUAGAGUGGAGGCAAUGUGGAUAAUGUUUAGUUAACACUGAUCCAAGCUAUUGAAAGUAUCAGGAUUUGAUUAUAUAAAGCAUGGUUGUGUUAUUGUAUACAUACAUGCAUACCUCGCACUUACUGUACAUUGUUAGUCACAUUUAGAGAACCUCUUAUCCACCUGUUCCCACAAGUAUAAGUACAGUAUAAGUAUCUGAUGAUAUUAGGAGGCGCUGUACCUGCCUAUCUGUUCCUACGUCACUCUUACAGUGGAUACAUGUCAUUGUGAUCUACUGUCUUCCUAAUGCUGUUAGCGCUAAUAUUGUAAUCACAGCUGUGCCAGGUAUGCGUGGUGCUAUUAUAAUGCCAGCUACGAACGGUAUCUAUUGUUAUGACUCAAGCUUGUAAAGGCUAUUUAAAAAGAGCCUCGUACUGACAGCGCAGCAAACAUUGGCAAGCACUUACAUCAUUUCUUAUCAAAGUAAUCUUCAUGUUAUUGCUUGGGAAUAAGCAUGCCUGUCUCACACAGGAAGUCUCUCCCACUAUUUCAGUUUAUACUGGAAUAAGGACUUUACUGCUUAGUAACUAUCUAUUCUGUCAUUCUUUCUCACUGAUAGGGUUCUUUGCUUCUGGUGUUUGUUUUUGAGGAGCGGCAAAAAUACUGUAUAAAGCAAUCACCUAUGAAAUGUUUGCAUUCGGUUUGUACAAUUAUUUUGAGCCGUGGCAAUCAAUAACUUGGUGCUUCAUUGAAACUGUGUUAACUCUGUGCCAGUAGUGCAAGGCAUUUGUUGCGUUAGUUGGAUUUUUCUUUUUUCUUGUCUGUAUAACUCUAAAUAAAUACUGAAAAACA